AUGUCAAAUAAACAAAGGAAAUAUGUCUGGGGACAUUCUUUUGAAUCAUUCGUACCUGAAAACGAACCACUUCAGUCUAAAAUCGUGGACGAUCAUGCCGUCGUGAAAACUUCAUCGGAAAAUUCUGGUAAAAAAUUUGAUAAAAUGUCGGAUACUUUGUCGUCUUCGUUGUCAUCGUCAUCAUUAUUAUCGGGAAGUGAUGGUGAAAUGAUAGACCUCGCCGGUACGAAAGUUGCUGAAAUAAUUAAAAAUCCGGUUAACGUUGAUUUAAAUAAAUUACCCAGUGAAGUUAUCGAGAAAAUUGCCGAAGGUGGUGUUACGACAACUCCAAAAAUUCCAAAAAAUGUGACGUCAGAAACGACAAACAAAACAAUUGAAAACGUUUCUGAGGAAUCCAUAGCGACAACAACUCCAGAAGUUAAACAACAACAACAACCGUCAUCAUCAUCAAACGACACGACCGAAAAAGUUAUGGAAACAACAACGUCGUCGUCUACCACCACCACGACCACCACAACCACAACAGCAUCGGUCACUUAA